AUGGAGGAGAAGGGGAUUGAGGUUACUCCGGUUACUUUUACCACAAUUUUACAUGGGUUGUACAAGAAGGGAAGGAGUGAGGAGGCCGAGAGUUUUUGGGAUGAGAAAGUAACGAAAAAGGGUUGUGUUCCUAAUGUUGGGGUGUAUAAUGUGCUGCUUAUGCAUAUUCAUGGCGGGGAGAUAAAGGGGAUUAAGAGCUUAAUUGACAAAAUGAGUAAUGCUGGGAUAAAACCUGAUGUUGUUAGUUAUUACUACUUGAUGACGAGCUAUUGUAAAAAUGGUAUGAUGGAUGAAGUAAAGAAGGUAUAUGAUGAGUUGGGGUCCAAAUGCUGCAAUGCAAAUACGACAACUUUCAGGACAUUUCUGUUUUAUUUGUGCAAGCAAGGACGAUAUGCGACAGGGUAUAAGGCUUGGGGGAAGCUUGUGGAGGAUCUGGGCUUGGCUCCUACUGACACUAACGAGGUCGAUUCUAGUGAGUUAGAAAUGGCCAGUACUUGA